CCGAUUUGCACAUCGCAUGCACCAAUUGCCACGUCGAUGCUGCAUUCGUAAUGUCCUCCUCAUUUCUUUCGAGACUUUUCAUGUCUCGAUUCGAUUUUCCGAGAGCUUGAGGUCGACGGAGGAGUUUUGCUAGUGUUGUUUGGGCAGGUUUGGGCCAUGAUGAUUUCAAGUGCUGUUUGUGACCAAAACCGCAAAAUUCUGCAGCGUGUUUGGAACGUAUCCUAGCGGCGCUUUACGUGGUGAAGCUGCGAACGUUGGAGGUUUCUGUGGUGGUAUUGCGCUGAUGUCGUAAGGCGUCUGGACCGAAAAAUCAUCUGUGAGAUUUUGAGAGGAGGAAGGAAACAUGGCCCAGACACCCGUUCAAACGCAGGCCAAGCCACAGCGGUUGAGGAAUUUUGGUUUAGGGCUGGCGUUUGUUGUUGGUUUUAUUCUUCUGCACCUAGGAGCCAAAGAAGCGCGAAGAGAAUUUGGAGAUGAGGUUGCUUCGAAGACCGGCAAGGAUGAUUUUGGAGACUGCUUUAACCUCGGCUUUGGUUCGUUAACAUGUGCAGUGAAAAUAAGCUCAAAAUUCUACACUAAUAAUCUUCGCACAAGUAUAGUUGAACGAUCAAAGCAAAAGGCAUACCAUGUUGCUUUGCAAUCCGCAAUUUCAGAUGGAUUGGGAAUGUCAGAAGCCAAGAGGAAAGCUGAAAGUAUUGCAAAAGCUUUUGCGAAGGACAGGUCCAGACAAGCCCGAAGAAUCUCUGGACCUCUCUUCGCAGCUGCCUGGGAUUCUUUAGAGGUUCUUUACUAUGGGGGGAGUAUAGCGGAGGUCGUAAUGCGGGCAACUGGCACGCUUUGUGGGACUUGGUGGGGCGGUUUACUGGGAGAGGAUAAACUGGGACGAGUUGGAUAUCUUAUUGGUAGUCAAGUAGGAAGUUGGGUUGGAAGCAGGAUCGCGCUUAUGUCUUAUGAUAUAGCCAAAGCAGGUCAGUUGAUCCUUUUGGAAGUCAAGGACUUCGUCACAGGAAGCACAGUAACAGAUCAGAAAGAGAAUGCUGAGGAGCUUUGAAUGUACUUCGCUUCACCAUCGCAAUGGAUGCUGUGCGUAGUGAGCCUGAUGCGAACAUAAUGAUUCCAGGAUGGGCUUUGCCUAGGAUCUCAGCAGAACUUAAUUUUAACAUUGUCAACAGGUUACCAAGUUAAGUAACCAACUGUCACUGGUCAGGUUGCUGCUAUUCUCUGCUCUUCAUAAGCCAUUGCCUGUCAUUCCACAAGCUUCCAUCCAUUAAGCUCUUAGAUUAAUGUUUAUUUAUCUUUCGAUCAAUCUAUCAAGAAGGUGCUUCUAAUGUACAUAUUAUGCAAUACAGCACAGUUGAUAGUCCUAACUUGUAAACACGAAGAGCCGUUGAUGUCAGUGUUUAGAUGACUGUUAACUCACUGUUUAUUUCAAACAUAUCAACAUGACUUUUCUGCUCUUCUUACCUGGAA